CGAAGAAUCAAAGAAAGCUCGGUGAUCGCGCGCGUCGUGUCUCGUGACUCUGUCUCUUCAAAUCUUUCAGUGUUCGGAGAGUUCUUCUAAACCUAGAAACAUGGCCAAGGACAUGACUCUGCUGUGGGGCUCCGGCUCUCCCCCCUGCUGGAGGGUGAUGAUCGCUCUGGAGGAGAAGAACCUGCAGGGCUACAACAGCAAACUGCUCUCCUUCGACAAAAUGGAGCACAAGUCCCAGGAAGUGCUGGAUAUAAACCCGAGGGGACAGGUUCCAGCUUUCAAACAUGGAAAUGUUGUCGUUAACGAAUCCUACGCUGCCUGUUUCUACCUUGAGAGUAAAUUCAAGACUCAGGGGACCAAGCUGAUCCCAGACAGCCCAGAAGAUCAGGCUCUGGUGUACCAGCGCAUGUUUGAGGGACUCACGUUCUACGAUAAACUCACUAAGGUCAUCUUCUACGAGUGGUACGUCCCCAAAGAAGAACGGCACGACUCGGCCGUUAAGAGAAACCUGGAAAAUCUGGUCGCUGAGCUGAAACUGUGGGAGGGCUACCUGCAGAAGCUGGGUUCGGACACUUACCUUGCGGGACCCUCUUUCACCCUGGCUGAUGUGGUCGUUGGUCCGACCGUGGCGUUUCUCUUCAGAUUUGGGCUGUCUGCGGAGCGCUACCCUAAGCUGGGGGAGUAUUACGCCCGGCUGAAGGAGAGACCGAGCAUGAAGGCCAGCUGGCCGCCUCAUUGGCUGGAAGACCCCAAGGGACAAGACACGCUGAAAGACAUCUGAAACUGACACUUCUUCUUGUGAAAAACAAUAACUGAAGUAAAAUGAGCUCUUAUUUUGUAAGGUUCAAAUGAAGUUAACACAGUUUUCUCUUCAAUGUUAAGACAGAAACUCUCUUCCUGACAGAACUAACACUAAAUAUUUAGCCUUUUGUUCAGUGUUGGCUAAUUUCCUAUGAUGACAGCAGCUUCUUUCUGUGUUGAAAUCCAACAGUCUCAUUCAAACGUAUAUAAUCCAGCUGCAAGUGCCUUCUCUCUCUGUUUAAACAUUUCCUCUUUCCUAAGCCCUGUGUAAAGACUUAUAUUGGUGCUAUCACUUCAAACUGCCUAAAUAUAUCCGAGGUUAAAGGCGUUCAAAGUCUGGCAGUAAGAGAUAAGGACGAGUCAUCAUUAAAUAUGUAAUCUGUGUUUUAUCUUGUUAAACUUGUCUGCAGCCUACUGGCUGCACAAAGGUAGCUCAAAUGUCCCGUGUUGUCAUGACUUUGCAUAAAUCGCUGUCCACAGAGUUGCAUCCUUUGCAUAGUUUUUGCAUUUUUGUGUUGUGAAGCUUGUUGGAAACAAAUGUGAAUCAGUAUUGAAUAAAAUGAAUAAAAUCAGUUCCUGCAUCAUCA